AUGCAGUACGCAAAAGCUGUGGAGGAGGAAUCCAGGAAGCGCCCACCCCAGGAUGAUGCUCUUGAUGUCGGGCUUAGCAAGAGGAUGAAACAAGAACAGGCUGCCUUGGAGAAGUACAUGAACGAGCAGAUGAGCAAGCUACGAGGGCAAAUGCAACAGGAGCUAGUGCAGCAUCAGCAGGCCCUUGACGAAGCCAGGAAGCAGCAUGAGGCGGCACUGCAGGCAGAGCAGGAGAGGCAGGAGCAGCUUAUGAUGCAGCGCCAGGCCGAGCACGAGGCAACCUUACAGGAGGAGCGGGAGCAGCACGAGCACAACCUUUGCUUGCUCAUCGAGCAAGCCUCUUCUGCCCAAGCAGAGGCCGUACGAUCUAUGCAGACAGCACCCAAGCCUGCAAAGGCUGACACUGCUCCCAAGCCGGAUGCAAACCGCGCAGAUGCUCAUGAUGCUAAAGCUAAGCUGCGGGCAAAGAUGGAAGCCCACACACCCGGGCCCCAGUCAGCCCAGCCUGCUUUGCAGGCCCCAAACCCGUCCCAGGCCAUUGCUGUUGCAACAACCCCGCAAGCUGCCCCAGCAGCCCAGCUUGCUUUGGCCGUUCCGGUUGCCAAACAGCUGCCACCCCCUGCCCAGACCCAGCUCGCUGUGCAGCCCGCAGGCCCUCCGCAAGGGAUUGGUUCUGGACCUUUCAACUCCUCCACCCAUCCAAACGCUUGGGGGGCUUUGUACCGAAUCACGCGGGCACCAGACUGCCUGGCAGAGAUCAAACAAGCGUGGGAUGCAGGAGCCAAGCUGAACUGCCUCAUCACCUUCCGCACCAAGACCGUGAAGUGGCGAAAGAACCUCCAAGGCUACUCUUGGAAAACCGAAGCCGAGAUGCGGAAGCCGCCUCUCGAGUGGGAGGAGUCGAGGAUUCAGGGUGCCAUCAAGCACUGUGAGAAGAAGAAGCUCACUAAGUGCCAUGGUGAGACGUGUUGUGACACGACCGUCCUUGUAGCAGCUUGUGAAUAUAUGUGUGUGUGUGCUGCAUUAGAUGGAGUUGCAUGUCAUCCUAGGAAAGACUUGUAUGACCCCAACAUCCGCAAGUACCUUGUUUUGGUGCGGGAUGAUGUUGAAUCCGCAGAAGAGAAGCUGCAAGAGCUGCAGCAAGAGAUGGCGCAAAUGGGCCUCUUGUCCAGUGACUUCGAGCUCGGAGACAUCAUGGAGGAAUUGGAUGGGGAGACCACCACAGACAACUCCAAGCCACAGCCAGGUGGCAAGAAGCGCUUGGCCGAGUACCCCACGGUGGAGGGCGAGGAAUCUAUUCAGGAAUACCUUGGACAAUACCGACGUGCAGUCCUUACCCGCAAAGCUCUGCUGAAGGGUGCUCGUGAGCGGCUCGAGAAGGAGGGAUCAAAGGGCCACGAGCUCCUUCACCCAUGGAACCAAGACAAGCUCGGGUGCCUCUUGAACGAGCUGGCCAAGAUCGAAGCUGGUGCCGAGGGUGGGGUGACUCACUUUGCCAAGACGGCCGCGAAGACCAAGGCCGCUCCAAAAAAAACGCCGGCUCCUCCGGAUUCGGAGGGAGCCAAGUGA